GUGGUACAGAACAAAACUUCCCCGGCCAGCGCACAUAUUCGACCAGCACUCACCUCUGUGACGUUCAUCUCGGCCAGCGCUCGCUCCGCAGAGGCUCAUCUUUCGAACCCCUCAUCAAUCAUCAUCCCGGACAUUGGUUCCGUCCUCGAUCGACCGCUUUCUUCCCAUAUUUUGGUGAGCUCCAUUGGGUUUCUCUCACUCUGUACUGAUUUCCAAUUUCUACUGCUGCAUUCAUUUGGAAAAUAAUUGUGCGUUUGAAGAAAGAGUUAGGGAUUGUUGUUCUUUGUGCAUUUGGUUGAUAUUUGUGAAGCGUGGGUUGUUUUGAGUAGGUGGUUUUUUUAGGGGGCUCUUUCAGAUUAGGUCUAGCUAAUUUGAAGACAACUUUUUCUUCAGAGCCUUCUAGUUCUAAUUUUGUAAGAGCUUUUGCUGCAGAGUGCACUAUAGAAGCAAAGCCAAGAGUUGAAUGGAAGGAGACACUCAAUGAACUCCUUGAUCAUUUCUGGGGAUCAAGGAACCCUGUGAUCUUCACUAAUUUAGUCUGUUUUUCUCUCUCCAGUAAGUAUCUGUCUGUGUGCCUCCAGCAAGAUGCAUGGUACUCGUACCCUUUUCCAUCGUUACAUAAAAACUCUGAGAAGAGUUCCAAACCCUCAGUUUCGCCCCAAUAUAGAAUCUUCUCAACGAUUUUGCAUCACCCCAAAACCCUCAUUCUCCUAUUCUGGAAGCGGCUACUCGACAUCAGCUGCAGCAACAUCCCGUGAUGUGCAGGAAAUUCUGGUAGAAGUAGAGCGUGAGAAACAAAGGGAAAAGGAGGCCAGGAAGCGUGCAGGGUUGGAUACUAAAGAUCUAGAUGCAGAAGAUGAGGAGGAUUACAUGGGAGUUGGGCCUCUGAUUGAGAAGUUAGAGAAGGAGAAGCUGAAAGAAGUUGGUGACAAGCUGAAUAUGUAUGAGGAGCCUUCUGAUUCAGAGAACGACGAAGACGAUGAAAGGUUUGCACCAGAUGCUAUCCGGAAAAGGUUUGAACAGUUUCAGAAGAAGCACCAGCGGCAUAAAGAGUUGCUUGACAAUUUCACUGAGAGUGAGACACUUGACGAGGCAUACAAAUGGAUGAAUAGAAUUGACAAGUUUGAGCAAAAGCAUUUCAGGCUUCGGCCAGAGUACCGGGUCAUUGGUGAGUUGAUGAAUCGUCUGAAGGUAGCCGAAGGCAAGGAAAAAUUCAUCCUCCAACAGAAGAUCAACAGGGCUUUGAGGAUGGUGAAUUGGAAGGAAGCUUAUGAUCCUAAUGAUCCAGCUAAUUUUGGAGUUAUCCAACAUUCUCAAGUGGGUUCUAACGUCGAUCUCAUUGAAAAUGCUGACGGCGAGGAUGAGAAGGAUGAGAAGCAAACAGUCCAAGAUAGUGAUGAGGAAGAAGAGUUUGAUGACAUGAAGGAAAGAGAUGAUAUACUAUUAGAGAAGCUGAAUGAUCUUGAUAAGACACUUGAAGAGAAACUCGCCGAGUUGGAUUAUACAUUUGGAAAGAGAGGCAAGGCUCUUGAGGAAGAGAUCAGAGAUCUUGCUGUGGAGAGAAAUGCCCUGACAGAAAAGAAAAGGAAACCAAUGUAUAGAAAGGGUUUUGAUGUGAAGUUGAUCGAUGUGAAUCGAACUUGUAAAGUUACAAAGGGUGGGCAAGUUGUCAAGUACACUGCUAUAUUAGCUUGUGGGAACUAUCAUGGCGUUGUUGGGUUUGCUAAAGCCAAAGGCCCUGCCAUCCCUAUUGCUCUCCAGAAGGCAUACGAGAAAUGUUUUCAGAAUCUCCACUACAUAGAACGACAUGAGGAGCACACAAUCGCACAUACCAUACAAACUGAAUAUAAAAAGACCAAGGUCUACCUCUGGCCAGCGCCAACUAGAACAGGUAUGAAAGCAGGGAAAACCGUCCAAACAAUUCUGAAUCUGGCUGGUUUCAAGAAUGUCAAAUCCAAGGUUGUUGGCUCGCGGAAUCCUCACAACACUGUGAAAGCUCUGUUCAAAGCCCUGAAUGCAAUUGAAACUCCAAAGGAUGUGGAAGAGAAGUUUGGCCGGACAGUGGUCGAAAAGUACUUGCUCUGAGAGACGUCCUGGUGAAGAAUCCACACAUUCUUAUUCCCCAGUUAGGUUCUAUUCUUAUAGUUGAAGUAGCUUAGCCAGAGGAAUAUUUCUAUGCCCAUUUUCGUAGCCAAUUUUGCUUGGUCCCUUGGUCGAUGUUUGGUUAUAGCAGCUGACUGAAGCUGGGUGCCACAAUCAUGGCAACCAAGAAAAGUAUUGUUGCUGAAAUUUUUUUUUCGUCACCCUUCUGUUGGAGUGAAUGUUUGUUAGUUACCAUGACUCUUAAUAAGCCACUUUGUAUGCUCUGUAUCUUUUGCUCUUAUUAUGACUAUCCUACUUGGGCAGAAAAAGAUGAGAGAAGGGCUACAAUUUCGACUUAACUUGUCCACUCUGAUUUGUUUAAACUUGCUUUGAAUGUGUAUCAUCUGAACUCUGAAGCCGGGCUGUGUAUUCCAUCUCGCUUUUUUACCAGUCCUUUUAAGAGUCAAGAGCGCUUUCUAAUAUUACUCAGGAUUUUACUUUGAUCUCUGUUAAGGUAUCCUGAAUAAUUUUACUGUACAUAG